AUCAUUGCAUCUUCUCGUAUUUUAUUCAUCGCCAUGUCGGAUCAACCGCACGUCGAAAGAGGAGAUGGUAUUGUGCCCGAAUUGACCGAAAGUGAGAAGAUGCAGUUGGAGAAAGAACGAGAAAAAGACUUUGAGAACGACAGUCUGACGAAAUGUCCGCCAGCUCCCGAGUAUCCGCUAGCCGACAGAGUAAAGGAACUAAAUCUAGAUGGUACUCUUACUUUUGCUAUUUCCUAA